GUUUGCACGCAAACCUCACGCACGCACUACACACCUCACGUCGCGCACGCGACCGCCCACACCCACUCACCGAUUCACCAACCCCUACGACCCGUAUCACGACUGGACGGAGACCGGCAUGGUUGUCGCAGGAGCCAGACUCAACACGCGAACUUGACCCGCUCUCCUUCUCCUACCCGGCCCAGUAUUUCGCCAUACGCGGCAAACGAUCACGAUACAUCGCGAGCUCGCGAUUUGAGCGCACGAGACCAGCGAGCUGUGGCUCGUCACUUCGUUUGCCAACUCGAUCUGGUUCGGUUUGCGCACAUAACCUGACGCCGCUGUCGCUGGACACGCGGAUCUGGCGAGGGAUUGCGCUGACGCACCAUUCGACACGCACACCGUGAGAUACUGCCAUCAUGCCGCCUUCAGGACGUAAAGGGAAGAGCCGUGCACGAAAGGCACCUGCUGCAGUGGAGCCGACACAUGAGCCAUCUGAUGUCGAAGUCGCGGAAGCGCAAGCCACGCCCACGCGUGGUUCCAGGAAGCGAGCUCGAGGCAGCGAGGCCACUGCGCCAGCGGCUCGCAAUACCCGCCGCAAGACGAAAGAUACGCGCGUAAUUGAGCGCGACGAUACAGAAGGCACAGAGCCCCAGGAGGCUAGCGACAAUGAGACCGAGCCAUCCUCGCCCACGGAGCAGGAAAUCAUCCAGAGUCUGCGAGUGUCAGACAAGCAGGUGAUGGCUGUCAGUGACUUCGCCAACGAUCUUCUAGAAGGUCAGGAGAAUGUGCCGGGCUACGGCAAGAUUGCUGGCAGGGAUUGGGUCUUCAUCAUCCGGAAGGUGGAAGUAAACAUUGGCAGACCCGAGGCCCACGAGAGGCUAUCUGCUGUCGUGUCAGAGGGCACACCGAGCCAACCAACGACGCCCACUGCGAGAACUGUGAUUGAUAUUGACCUUGGCCCCGAUCGCCAGAUUUCGAGACUGCAUUGCAUAAUAGCAUACGAACCGGAGUCACAGCGUUGGGUUCUUCAUGUCAAUGGUAGGAACGGUGUGCGUGUUGACAACAAUCUCCAUAGGAGGGGUGCCACAGCCGUACUUCGCAACGGCAGCGUUCUCGAGAUCGCCAACACUCAAAUGGCAUUCAUUACGACCGCCACGCAUGAGAAUGAUGGACCGGUCUGGGAUGCAUCCAUCCUGAGGCAGGUACAAUCUUCGUCCGACGAUGGUCAAGACGGCGAGGACGAUCAGCGCAACGGUCUGAGCCAACCGCAGCCAUCCUCUACUGCUCGCAGUCAUCUCCAAGAUCCAGGCAUGUAUCAGUCGGACUAUAAUGGUCAGCAACACAGUUCACAACAACAAAGAAUGCAUCCCCACUCGCACAGCGCAGCUUUGCAGGCGAACCCCGGCACUCCGAUGCGCGCAAGCCAUCCUUAUGCCAAGUCGUCGCCAGCCGCGAAUUAUGCUCGGGCCGUUAUGAUGGAGUCCACCGAGACCAUCGACUAUGCAGCCGAUGGAGCAAAAGAUCUGAAGCCGCCUCACUCGUAUGCUCAACUCAUUGGCAUGGCAAUUCUUAGCACUCAGGACCAUCAGAUGACGCUGUCCAACAUCUACAAGUGGAUCCAGGCAAACUAUGCAUUUUACAGGUUCAACACUGGUGGCUGGCAGAACAGCAUUCGUCACAACCUCAGCUUGAACAAGGCUUUCACGAAGAUCGCUCGCCGCACAGACGAGCCUGGUAAGGGAAUGAAGUGGAUGAUAGAGCCUACCGAGUUCGACACUUUCGUGCAACAAGGUAUGAAAGGCUGCAGACGACCGGCCCCGAUACCCGGCACGCAAAGCACAAUGGGCUCACCUAACAGUCCGGCGUUGCGUUCUGGAAUCAAGAGGGAUGAUGAUACAACUCCGCCAUUGACUUCCUACCAGCCGUCGUACUCCACUGCAAUAGAAGCGUACACUCCCGAUCGUGGACCUAGGCGGCCGGCUAAUGGUCACCUCGAAAGCAGCGCCGGCCUUGGCAUCGAGACAAAUGGAUUGACCGAAUACGACUAUCCUCAGCGGUCGACGCCACGCACUGGUCUCAAUGCGCUAGCCAAUGCUGCUGGAUCACCACCGUCGUUGUAUGUCAACGACGAAGGUCGUACUGGGCCCUUAGACACGCCCUUCCCUCUUCGCCCAUCGCAGCGUCUAGCACCUCCGAGCACACUGAGGCGCCCCAGUGACUUUAUACAGUUCAGCAGCCCGGCCCCUUUCUGGAAAAUGGAGGGGUUGGCGGGAAGCACGCCAUUCAAGCCAUUUGACAUCAGUCCAUUGAAGACUCCCUUCCCAUUGCAUAAGGAGACUGUCAAACAAAGUAAGGAGAGCAGCGAGGAGCGAACGUCACCAGUGGAGAAGCCAGAAGUGGGUGAAAAGGCAGCCGGGUCCACAGAGCUUAAGCGUGGCGGCAGUCCACUCAUCGGAUCGAGUAGUCCUCCAAGACCGCACAACUCGACUCGUGCGCUUGAUGCCAGUCCGACCCUCAGCCGUCCUGCCACAGCUGCCAUGAAAUCGCUCAGCCAACACAGCACUUCGACCGAGGAGCAGACCAAUAUUCAGCAUGCACCGGAAAAGACUCCACCCAGCGUUGUGUCUCACGCAAGUGCCGUGCAACAGCACACUCCGCCCACGACGGUACUACAGCCAGCAAAUCCAGCUCCGAGACAGUAUGAGCUACCAACGGCUGCUGUCGCAAAUAGCUUUGAAGCUGUGCGUCCGGUCACCAACGGCGCUUACAACAUACAGACAGCACCGUACGCGAGCUUGCCGCCAGCCAAUGCAUACCAGUCGGCUGGCGACGAAGAUGAAGGAAUCGAUCUUGCCAAGGGAUUCCAGCCAAUUGGCACAUUCCAUCAGCGUAACCACAUGGCCAUGCAUACCGGCUUGGCUGGUAGCUCGACUUUUGGACGUUAGGAACAGCCAGAGGAAGGAGACAGAAAGCAAGUCGGUUGGAAGGAGGCUCCGAUGCCUUGAGCAAGCCGCAAGUGAGGUCGAUAGGCUGUAGUUUGUUGAUGCCGGACGCGCGUGUGCAUUUGCUGGCAGGCAUAUACGGCAGUACCGUAUGAUGAUACUAUAAGUUUUGUGCUUGGAAGGAGACUUGACGAUGCGAACAUCACCGGCAUGGUUGCAUUAACGCAUGGGUGUGCUUGUGCCGGUCCAGUUGGCGCGCAUAUGAGAUGGGUUUUAUUAUGAGAUAAUGACUUGGAACGAGACGCAAUUAUCAUGGAAGUGGAGUUUUGAAAAUAUGUGGUUUGAGAGAGCGAGAGGGAGAGGGAGAGAAUGGAGUAAGUACAUGGGAGCGGUGAACACUGAAGCAGUUGGUAGAUUUUGUUAUCGACGGGAGGUAGAAGAAAAAAGAUUUUCUGCU